UCGGGGCUAUAUUCUAGUCCGCUCAGGGUCUGGAGAUCAUCUACCCAGGCUGGAACUACUGGAGCAGGUGAGGACCCAGGGCCCUGGAAGAACUAGUCCAGGGCACUGAAUUCCUGGUGUGUCCCCAGAGCAGAGCAUGACCACACUGCUGCCUUUGCUGCUGGGCCUCAGCCUGGGCUCUGCUGGAGAAGGUGGCUUUAUAGCCCAUGUGGAAAGCACCUGUCUGUUGGAUGAUGAUGGGACUGCAAAGGAUUUCACAUAUUGUGUCUCCUUCAACAAGGAUUUGCUGACCUGCUGGGAUCGAGACAAGUCCAAAAUGGUCCCUCUUGAAUUUGGGGCACUGAAUCCCUUGGCCAAGUACCUCUCAGAGUUCCUCAACCAUCAGGAAUCCGUGCUUUUCCGCUUGUCUAAUGGACUCCAGGACUGUGCCACACAUACCCAGUCCUUCUGGGGAUCACUGACCCACAGGACACGGCCACCAACUGUGCAAGUAGCCAAAACCACUCCUUUUAACACAAAGGAAAGUGUGAUGCUGGCCUGCUACGUUUGGGGCUUCUAUCCAGCUGAUGUGACCAUCUGGUGGAGGAAGAAUGGGCAGCCUGUCCCUCCUCACAGUAGUGACCCUAAGAUGGCCCAGCCCAAUGGAGACUGGACAUAUCAGACUGUCUCCUAUUUCGCCACAACCCCUUCUUAUGGGGAUACCUACACCUGUGUGGUGGAGCACAUUGGGGCUCCUGAGCCCGUCUUCCAGGACUGGACACCUGGGCUGUCCCCGAUGCAGACACUGAAGGUUUCCGUGUCUGCAGUGACUCUGGGCCUGGGCUUCAUCAUUUUCUCUCUGGGUUUGCUCAGCUGGCGGAGAGUUCGCUCCUCCGGCUACAUUUUCCUCCCUGGGGCCAGUUAUCCAGAAGGUCAACAUGUCAGUUAGAGGAAGAGACCUACACACCUUCUAUACCGCAAGUGAGGAGAUUCAGAGUCUUAGUGAUGCUGCUGUGUCCCCCCAACAUCGUCAGACCCUACACAUUUUCUUGGAUCCUAUGGUUUCUCCAUCCGGAUCUUUGAACUUCCCAGCCCACCCUGUGUACACCUUAGCACGCUGGGAGAACUCAAUCCUGAGAAUAUUGUGUAAUCAAGUUAUUGUCCAAGACUAUAUUUCUGGGUUGAAUAUCAUCUGGGGAGAGAGGUUAAAGGCCUUUCUGGAGGCCACAGUGUGCCACAGGGGCCAGUGAGUCACUGAGGAUCAUCUCUGAGGAAUAAACUCUGGUGGAAAUA